AUGCCAAUUGGUAAUGUUGUGACUUACCCGACAAAUUUACCCUGGGAUCCUAGACUAAGUGAACAUGGAUGCAAUCAGGCUCUAGAACUUGGUCAAUAUUUUGUGAAAAACAAUAUAAAGAUUGAUCGCAUCUAUUCUAGUCCUCUUUAUCGUACACUACAAACUGCAAGCAUAAUUGCAGAGAAAUUAGAUUUAGAAAUUUUUAUUGAAUAUGGUUUAAGCGAAUGGUAUGAUCCCUUUGAGACAAAAAUUUAUCCUGGCUGUGCACCACUUUCUCUUUUACGUGAAUUCUUUCCACGCAUCAAUCCUACAUAUAUCCCUAUAACAAAGCUACCUAAUAAUGGUGAAACUUUUCAAGAACUUCACCGGAGGAUGGAUAGAACUAUGCAAAGUUUGAUAGGUGCGGAAGAGAAUAUCAAAUGCGUCUUGAUAAUCGUACACGCGGCAUCAUUAGUCGCUGGGGCGAAAGCUUUAAUUAAACAACCGAACGCUGUGAUAAAUUGUGCUACGUGCUCUUUGACAAAAUGUAUAAGAAGUAAAGAAAGCUGGGUACUUGAAUUGAACGGUGAUACCUCCUCGUUAUCGCACGGAUCAGAGAAUAAUUGUAUUUUUACCGAAAUAAUAGAGGAUGAUAAUGGUGUGGAAGAGAUGCAGGUCAACAAUUAUUAG